AUGGUAAGCUACAUGUCUUUGGUUCAACUCUGUUGGCUAAACAAGCCUUCGCAGCUGAUGACCGUGCUCCUCAUCUCGAUCGAUCUCCCUCUGGCGGUUGCAGGUGUCCCUGCUCGCCUUUACCGGUGGCUUCACCGGUUUCGUAUAUCGAUUCCUCGUAUGGUGUAGGUCACUUUAAAGCUAAAGGGGCACUGAGCUCCAUAGCUGACAGCGCCAUUCAUCACCCAAUCGCAGCAUUUCUUCGAUUGAUCCCAGGACGUCAGGGCACCUACUUGCUCCCGGCAUUCUUCCUCCUCAACGCGCUCUGCUUCUACUACAACUCGCCCACACCGACCAAGGAGCUCCCAACUCAUCGCGUGGAGACGACCGAGGUGGAGUCUGAGCGACCCGCCACGCCUACGUCGGGAGCCAAGACCAUCAUCUCCCCUGGUGCACCCACUUUUGCUCAAAUCGCCGCGACUGAGCCCACCUCGAGCGACAACGAGAUCGUGCUCAAGGGCGAUGCAGCUUUUGAGACCGUUUUGACCGGCUCGACUGCUUCGACGCCGACGUCCCCUUCCUCCGCUGCGGGCUCAUUGCGCCGACGCAAGAAGAAGAAGCAGAUCAAGGCCCUCGAUUCGGAGGAGCCGACCGAUGCUCUCAUUCCUUUGGAAGACGAGCCCGAGCAAGAACUACCACAAAGCGAUGUCACUUUGCGAUCGCUCAUCUCCAACCUCGUCCUCUCCACGCCGUCGCACUCGAUCUUUCUCAACCGCGUCACGCUUGCGAUUAACGUCUUCCUCUUGGGCCUCUGUCUAGAUGCUCUGUGGACCCCGAUCCUGGGUCAGCAUGAGCACGAUCUCGCCUUUGCCCGCGUCGGUGCCGUGGACCACAUGUCGGCCAAGGUUUUUGCUCGAGUACCUCCCGUCCACACUGCCUUGACGGCCGAACCGGUGCAGUCCGCCAACGACACAAUCCUCUCCGCCGUGCUUAGUGACCAGGUCGACUCGUUUGCCGGGGCUCGCGUCGUCUACCGUCCGACCAAGCCGCUCGGCAAAUGGAUCGAUGGGGGUGAUUUGCGUGUCGAGGAGAACCGUGAUUACACCGGUGUGCUCCACCUCAAGGGCCUGUGGGCCCAGACCGAAUACGAAUUCCGCCUCCUUCGUCCGACGCUCAGUUCAUCGCAACACCCUUCGUUCCCUUCGACCUAUUCGUUCACGACCUUCCCCGACCCUGCGCUUUCUUCGGCUGGCUCACCUGGCGCGGGAACUCAUUUCUCCUUCGUCUCUACGUCGUGCGUCAAGCCGGGGUUUCCUUACACAGGUCCUUGGAACAAGAAGUCGAUCAAGGGUGCUCGUUUGCUGAAGAAGGUCGUCGAAGAAAAGGGCCUCAAGUUCAUGCUCAUGCUUGGCGACUUUAUCUAUGCCGAUGUGGGUUACAGAGAGUAGCAUCCGAACCAUGCCUUCGCUAAUACGUCCAACGCGCGUACCCCACAGGUUCCCUUUUAUGCAGGCCCGUCGGUCGCGCAGUACCAGAAACGUUACCGACAAACGUUCGGCUCACCCGACAUGCUGGCCCUCCUCGAAAAGCUGCCUUCGCUCUACACCAAAGAUGACCAUGAGAUCCGCAACGAUUUCUCCUCGCAAGAGUCCGAUCCGUCCUUCGCGACAGCCAAUGCGGCGUACCGCGACUAUCUCGGGUCGGCGAACCCUUCUCCCGUCGACGAGGGAGAGGACUACUACUCGUUCCGUCAUGGUGACGCAGCUUUCUUCGUCUGGGACACGCGUCGUUACCGGUCCGAGAACAGCGCGAUCGAUGACGAGCACAAGACGAUGCUGGGACAGAAGCAACGCGAGUCGUUUGAAAAGUGGCUCAAGGAGGUCAACAACACCGUCACGUGGAAGUUUGUGGCGAGCAGCGUUCCGUUCAAUAGCUUGUGGAAUCAUGGCCAAGAUACAUGGGCUGGGUUCUUGAGCGAACGAGGUCAGUCGUCUGUGGCUUCCUGCUUGGUUAUGCUGGGUGCUGAAAUCUCAUCCCGGAUCGGACUCAGAUGCCAUCAUGGACACGCUGCAAUAUGUGCCCAACGUGAUCGUACUCUCGGGGGUGAGUUCGACCGUUUCCCUCAUCCUUCUGACUCGACCGGUCGCUGAGACGCUGUCUUCACGAUAGGAUCGGCACGAGUUUGCCGCCGCCAGUAUUCGCACGACGGUGACCGAGUUCUCGACCUCUCCGCUGAACAUGUUCUACCUGCCGAUCCGCACGCUUUCGCAAGCCAACAACCGGGGCGCGACGGGCGAGGACGUGUUGCUCAACUACCUCCCCGACGGGAACCACAAGUUCACGACGUUUGAAGUCGACACGCGCGUCGUGAACCAACCCCUUGUGCGUGUGCAAGUUUACAUCGAUGGGCAGGUCGCUUGGCAGGUCGAGGUGAGGGGCGUGCCGAUUCGGUCGCCGAUGGUCGUGCCGAAGGCGAUUGGGAGUUUGGGCAAGAGCUUGUUGGAGUUGUUGGGGUUCAAAGUGAGUGGAGCACAGUAUGGUAGGCUCACGUACCCAAUACUGAUCAGCUCGCCGUACCCUUCUUGUUCUGCAGAAGCGACAGUGGUUUUAA